CGAAAAGGGAGCUGACAGCAGAGGAGCUAUGCAGUUUGGAUCAAUGGUUUCUGAGAGGUUUUGCCUGCACACAGUCACUGGCUUGUUGGGAUUUUCGGAUUAUUGAGAAAUGUUCUUUGCUGUGUUCUUCCAAGAAUUUUAAGAAUCCACAUUUCAAGAGUUGGACAUUAGGUCAAUGGAUUCCAGGAUUCCUCACAGCAUCACUUCGGUGCCCAGUGCAGUUAUGGUACAACCCCUACUGGAUGGCCGGGUUCCUUAUGGACGGUUACAGCAUCCGCUCACAAUACUGCCUAUUGACCAGAUGAAAACUACCCAUCUUGAAAAUGACUACAUAGACAAUCCAGCUUUCAAUCAGCAAACAAUUCAGAAGCUUGGUAGGGGGCUGAAUGAACCAAUGCUUAUCAAUCAGCAUCUGCAGAGAUGUGAUGCAGACAUUACGCACCCCUGGAUAUCAUUCAGUGGGCGACCAAGUUCAAUUAGCAGCAGCAGCAGUACUUCCUCAGAUCAGAGGCUUUUGGACCAUAUGGCUCCACCUCCAGUGGUAGAUCAUUCCCCACCUAGGGCAGUGCGGAUACAGCCUAAAGUAAUUAAUUGUAAGCCUCAGGAUGUAAAGGGACCAAUAGCCCAGGAGCUAGACAAGCACUUCUUACUUUGUGAAGCUUGUGGCAAGUGCAAAUGCAAGGACUGUACCCUCCCUCGGACCUUGCCUUCUUGCUGGGUGUGCAAUCAGGAUUGUCUGUGCUCAGCUCAGAAUCUUGUCAAUUACUCCACCUGCAUGUGUUUGGUCAAGGGAGUAUUUUACCACUGCACCAAUGAAGAUGAUGAAGGCUCCUGUGCAGAUCACCCAUGCUCCUGCUCCCACUCCAACUGUUGCGCUCGCUGGUCAUUCAUGGGCGCCUUAUCACUUGUCUUUCCUUGCUUGCUUUGCUACCUUCCUGCCACAGGCUGUGUCAAACUCUCCCAGAAAUGUUACGACAAAGCUAGUCGGCCUGGGUGUAGGUGCAAAAACACGAACAGCGUCAUGUGCAAAGCACCAGAUGCAGUCUGCAGGCCAGAGAAGCCAUUCUGAUAAGCAUACUGUGAGGUUUUGUGAACUGUUAUGAGGAUGCUACACAUUGCAGGAAAAUUAAGCAAAAAAAAAGACACUAGGCAGGAUAUGACCACCCAAGGCUUUAAUUUAGUACCCUUUAAUUAUGGAGGCAAUGGAAGACUAAGUAUUGCACAGAAUAAUAGCAGGAAAAUGCAUUGGGUGUAUUGCUGCUGUGAUCCAUUUCCAAAUCUUGUGUUUAAGUGUCAAAAUGAUGCGCUAGCUAGAGAAUAGUCGCAUCUCUAGGUAGCCAUGGGGCAUCAUACAUAAAGCUACCGGCAAAUAUGUUUCUUCUUUUGUUAUUUCCUACUUUUUAGCAUGUCCGCUCCAGUUCUUCCUUGCAUACUAUGACUUUUUAUGCAAAGUGUUGAAUCUUACAGUCCAUCUACACAUGUCAUUUAACAGUUGUCUUUCUAGCAAGAGUUUGGUUGUGUAACUUUUUUAUGUCUGUAUUAUUUCUGUUUUUUUAUAUUUUUCAGUAUUUUUUCCCCCCCUUUUUGUUUGAUGAAAACUUAAGUCAUAGAAAACCAAAUUGAAAAUACAAGUGCCCAGGUUACUGUUACAAGUUCACUUUCUAGUGUUAAGAAAACACUUUUCUAGAACUAGCUUUGUUGAUCACCUCUCACUAUGCAUUUUUAUUAUUCAGGUCCUCUUAUCCAAUUAAAUUUGGACUCUCAUCCUUUCAGCAGAUAAUGACAUCAGUUAUUUUUAUUUUAAAAUGUCUUUUUUGGCCCAGCUAUAGCUGCAUUGCCCUUAUUGACUAAUGGCAGUUUAUUUUACUUUCAGCCUGUUGGAAAAAAUACUUGACCCUUUUACUUCUGCUGGGGUUACAGUUUUCAGGGCAGCACAUCCUAGCCUGAGUAUUCCCUCCUUUUAACAUUUUGGGAAUCUCCACACUAAGACUGGGAGACUAAGAGCACAACACAUUUUUGUAACCUGAAAUCUCAAAUGUAUAGUUUAUAAGGAGCAAUUUUAACGAGGGGCAUUUACAUGAUCAAUGUGAAUGUGUUUUAUUUUCUUCAUUGUUUUUAUUUAGCAAAAUGAAAUUUGCAUGUAGCCUUUGUUUCCUCUGCUGCUGCUGUUCUAGUGUAAAACAGAAUGUGUAUAUCUGUGUACAUAUACAUAGAGAGAUACAAACAUGUCUAUUUUAGUGUUAAAUAAUUACUGGGUAAAGUCAGGGGAGCCUAGGAGCUUAUAAGCAUAUAUUUUUUAAAUCUAGAAUUUCAUAUUUAAUGGGACACAGACAUCAGUAGUUUCCCUGUUGAAACAGUUACAUCUAGGUGUGUAAACUUACAAGUACUGUUUUGAUGUUACAAAUUCCAUUAACCCUAAAUUCAGGAGGAGGAGCUAAGCACGCUCAGCUGCUCUUCAAUGUAUUCUACCACCACCAUGGAGGGUUAAAUUAUGGUCUCUAAAGCAGGGUAAAAUAUGGUCAACACUUGUACAGCGUUGUAAGCUGAAAACCCUAUAUAAUUCUUUUUAUGUAUUUUCUUUCAAUAGAGAAUUUUACUGAUAGUGUUCAUUUAUGCCAAUAAUGCUUAAUUGUUCACUCCCACAUGGUCAUAUUAAUUUGCCCUUUAAGACAUAGUAAUUCAUUUCUGAUGGCAAACAGGUGCUAGACUUUGUAUAAUAUAAUUUCCAGUUUCCGUGUUAAAGGGGAAUUUUCAUCAGUAUAAAUGAUUGUUGUUUGACUGUAGAUGUCCUUUAAACGGGUUUUAAGUUCAUCAUUUCCUUUAUUUAUUUAUUUUAACCUUAAAAAUUACAGGUACAGUCUAGGAAAUGUAACAAAAAAAAAAAAAAACAUUCUGGACUUUUUUUUAAAAUUAAAUAAUUAAUCCAAAAAUAUUCAAAUCUAUAAGAGCUACAAUUACUAUGUCUCUGUUUUGCCUGUUAUUGUGUCCAGUUUAAAAUCCUUAUUUUAACAUUGCUGCAUGUAUAGCACUUUGUCGUUGGUUAUAAAUAGUUUAUUUAUUCUUAAUUUAAUGAGGUGUAGAGAGAGCAUCUAUAUGCUGAAAAGGUACAAUUAGCCUUCAUUUAUAUUUGUUUGAAAUUUCCCCUUUAGGACUGUGAACUGCUGUUGUAAAAUGAUGAUGAGUUAUAUAUAUAUUUUUUUAUUUUAUAAUACAGUGAACAAAUUUUACAUGGUUUCCUGGCACCUUAAUAGGGCAUUUCAGGUUUAAGCAACCAGGCAGCAUUUUCCAAUCAAAUUAUCCCACAGUUUGAUUUGAGUUGCUCAUUAUUAUAGGCUUGCCCAUAGACAAUAAACAAGUUGUUGAGUGGGUAAUACUGCUUCCUUUAUUUAAAAAAAAAUACCAUCUCUUAAUUUCAGAAUGUUUAGGUUUUGUCAUGACAAUACAUUUAACAUUCUUAUUAGGACAUUUUUAUAAUGAAUAAAGCUAAUGUCCUAUGCUUAUUAGGAGAUCAUUACUAAGUAAAACACAACUACAAGUGUUGAGAUAGAAUAAAUACAUACCUAAUAGUGGCCCUUUAGAUUUAACUAUAUUAUACCCAUAUUUGCUCCUUAACAAACUCAAAUUUUUUUGUCAGCAGUCCAGGCCUACCCAUUUCAGACUUUUGCUGGGAGGAGGGAAUGUGUGGAAGGACGGGUCAGAGCUGGUCCUAUUGGCCCCAUAUACUCCACUCUGGUACAAAUACACAACUUCCUCUCAGCAGAGAAGGCCUCGUAUCAACAAUGCCUGUGGGAAUUUGAGACCAUUUUAAAGUAUUAAAAGCACUUCUGAAACAGUGAAAAUAGUUUUUAAUGAGAUGCAAAGAAUACAAAUCUGAAAAAAAUAUGUAGCUUUACCUGUCACCAAGCUCUUAUAAGGCCUGUUACGUCACCUUAUUAUUUCUUAAUUGGACAUUUGAUGGUAGAAUCCAGUCCUAUUUUUCUGUAUUGAUGUCCCAUACUUUACUUUAGAAAGCUACAUUUAUAUACAUAGGUCCUUAUGAUUGCUUUAGACUUUAAUACAUUAACCUUUAUUCUUGAGCUAAUGAAACACCACAUCAUUUUAAAUUCUUGAACACUGACCAAUUGGCAAACGUAGAAUUUUGAACUAAUCUCCAUUUGUGCUACAGAUUCCUGUGAGGCAGCCAAUCCACUUAGGGAAUGGGUGAGCCUUAUAUUAUUAACCUCUUGGCUACUAGAAAAGGCUGCUUUUCAGCCUUUUCUGGUAACUAAUAGAUGAAGCAUAAUAAAAUAGAUCUAUAUCUAAUAAAAAAUAGAUCUAUAUACUAUGCUGCCUUUUUGAAAUGUCUGUCAGUAAUCAAUGUCCAGUUUGUUCACAGCCAGCAAUGUUUUGAUUUACAAGGGAAAAAAAUAAACAAACAAAUAUACCUUUUGAAAGAUUGACCCCAUGGAAGAAAUAUAUAUGCGCCGACCGUUUCCUUUGUAUAGAAUAUUUAUUUUGAAGCUCUAUUUUAAUAGUAUUUAUUUUAGAAAGUCUACUAUUGUAAGAGUUCUUCUGUUUGUGAAGAAAUACACAAGUUAAAAACUGAAUGUACUGAUCUAGAAAUAUAUAAAUAUAUAUAAUUAUAUAUUGUUAAAUAUAAAAA